AUACAUUUGAGACUAGAGAGAGGGCUCAAUUCAAUAAACUGGUUUGUGCUCCCAAUCAGAAGAUAAGAGACUUUAUUCUUCAACUUCAAAUACAAGCUUCAAAGUGCGACUUUGGAGAUCAGCUGCAUACUCAACUACGUGAUCGUCUAAUUGCUGGAAUCAAUAUUCCUAAGUUAGAGAAAGAGUUAAUUCAGAUUCCUUCUUGUACCUUUCAAACUGCUAAAGAUUUAUGUAUUACAUAUGAGGAUGUCAACAGUGAAUACUCUGCUCCCACUACGUCAGUAUCUGAUGUCAUUUUGUCCGAAGUCGAAAAUACAAGUGUUCAUGGAAAGCAAUCCAAACUGUCGUCCACAGAUAAUAGAAUGCAGCGAGAGAUCAAAAACAUUAAACCGUGUUUUUCCUGCGGACAGUUACAUCUACGGAGCACUUGCCGUUUUCGGGGUGCUAAGUGCCAUAAAUGUGGUAAAGUUGGACACAUCAAGACUGUUUGCAGAAGUUCGAAUACUUAUGUUACUCAGAAUCCUUAUAGUUCUCCCAAUCUGUCUAGUAAAAUGGAGUCACUUUGUCUCUCAACUUUUCAAAAUACUCAAUCUCAUCCAAUGGAAACCUCCACUACAAGUUCAGCAACUCAAGCGUCAACUGUUUCCAAAAAUGAGGUAGCCGAGUUACAAUGCGAACUGUCGAAAACACGAGAAAAACAGAAUGAGAUGAGAGAGCAACUGAUUAAAAUGGAGGAAUUGCUGCAUAUGCAUAGACUGCGUUUGUUGAAUGCAGAGCAUACAAGUACCCGUGAAAGUCCUGCAAAACUUUUCAAAUCUUGAAUUCUCAAAAAGCAUCUGAUGUCCGC